GCCCCGGCGCGCCAAGUGUCGUUGUCGUUUCGUGUGUUCAACUUCUAGAUGGAUGUCGCCGAUCCGAUUUCUCGCUGCAGCCUUUGCUGUCGUCCUAACUUCCGCACCCCGCGUGGAAGGACGACAGACGAGAAAUUCGGAUUAUCAUGGAAAGCUGUCGUCUCUUCAUCUCACGCUGGCAACAGAGGAAUUCAACAAUGAAGUCCAGUUUCCAAGAUUCGCUGAGCCAAUACCUAAUGUGACCGUAACAAUUGGACGCGAUGCUUUGCUCCCCUGCGUUGUCGACAAUUUGCGCAACUACAAGGUGGCGUGGGUCAGAGUCGAUACGCAAACAAUUUUGUCGAUUCAUCACAAUGUGAUAACGCAGAAUUCGCGGAUUUCGCUGUCGUACAACGACCACAGGUCCUGGUACCUGCAGAUAAAAAAUGUUCAAGAAGUUGACCGAGGCUGGUACAUGUGUCAAGUGAAUACGGACCCGAUGCGAAGUCGUCAAGGCUACCUUCAGGUGGUGGUACCGCCAUCGAUCGUCGAUAAGGAGACCAGCACGGAUAUGGUCGUUCGUGAAGCUUCGAACGUCACUUUGAACUGCAAAGCGGUCGGCUAUCCCGAACCCUAUGUUAUGUGGAGACGUGAAGAUGGCGAAGACAUCAAUUACAACGGUGAAACAGUGAACGUAGUCGACGGUGAAGUCCUCCACAUCGUCAAGAUCAGCCGACUGCACAUGGGUGCCUACCUCUGCAUCGCUUCUAACGGAGUCCCACCCUCGAUCAGUAAGAGAAUCGUUCUCCGGGUGCAAUUCCCGCCGAUGUUGUCGAUACCGAAUCAGCUGGAAGGUGCGUAUAUUGGGCAGGAUGUUACCCUGGAAUGUCUCACCGAGGCCUACCCGACCUCGAUCAACUAUUGGACGACGGAACGUGGCGACAUGAUUAUCUCCGGUGACAAGCACGAGGCUGUCUCGUCGGAUAGCGGGUACAACAAGUAUAUGAUGCUGAAGAUAAGGAACGUCAAUCCGAAAGACUUUGGAUCGUACAAAUGCGUGGCGAAAAAUUCAUUGGGAGAAACGGACGGCGUGAUUAAACUGGACGAGAUUCCAGCCCCUUCCACCACGACAACGCAAGUUUCCCCUCACGUGACGUCAUCAAUAAAAAAAAACGGGAGAAAUGGAAAUAAAAACUCGCGUCAACGGCCUAUCGACUACGCGGUAGAAGAAUGGCGAGAAUCAGAUUCCGACGGCGAUUACACUCUGGUCUCGAUGCGGACGCCCCAAGACCCAUCGGAUGCCUCUGGCAAACCAGCCUCGCUACGGGUUCAAGGAAUCUGGACGGAUCUCCUCCUCUUUCUGAGCCUCGUGCUGUUGUUCGUUGCCAGAAGAUGAUUCUUACGUUCCGGAUGGGGCUUCCAGUUAGUGUUUAUUAGGCGGUAUGGACGGCAGCUAUGAAAUUUCUGCCGCAGAAGAGUGUGCUAAAUUAUUUUCAUACUAAACGACUUAUAAAUAAGUAUAAAAGUUUAUUAUUAAAAAAAAUUA